AUGAAUGCGUCGUGUAAAGCGAGGUUGCACGGUCGCGAUGCUCCGCAAAAUAACAGGAUACGCAGGCUACUGCUAUCGGAGUACUGCGAGUUCUCCGAGACAAUUCUGGUGGAGUCGCCGUUCGCGGAGACCACGAGAAACGGAUGUGGACUGCGCCAGGUCACCUUGGGCCUCACGCCGACCAGGCUGAUCGUCGCCGCCGACGUUCUUCAAACUAAUCCCGGCUUCCUUUGCCCGCCUGGUAUCGAUGUCAGUAUCGAGAGUUUCGAGCUCGUGUCCGUGUAUCCUCUGGAAUACGUUACGCUCAGUGUGUUCAGAAGGAGACGCCGUAGGACUCUAAAGGCAAGAUUUAUAAAUGGUCGCGCGAAUUAUUACGAGCUCGGUGGUGUGCGGCGGAAAUUUUUUUGGAGAAUUUGGUGCAAACGGGUACAGAAAUUAUUAGAGUCCAAGAUGGACGGUAGCUCGUUGUCGGAAACAACGGCGGCGAGCUCGUCGAGCAGCAGCGCACUGUUCUUACUGUCGUCCGAGAUCGAAGUUACGAGCAAUUGCAACGCGAGAGGCAGAAAACCGAUAUUCAGAAUAUGGACGCAUUAUGGAGGCGCCGGUGAUUACGUUGCUCCUACAUGGACCGAAAAGGACUUGUAUCUCGGGCCAUCUUUUAACGAACUGGUGAACGGCCAUUACACGCCGAUUCCAGUGCGAUUUGCUGGAGCCAGUUUGGAAGAUUUGAGAUACGAGCUAGAGGAUCGUACGUCGUGCUACAUCGCCUGCAAGAAAUCUUGCCACAGCUGGCCUUGUCACAUGAAAUUUGAUGGUCAGGCAAAAUCGCAACGUGUUGGAGGACUGUGUAACGUUCUUUUCGCAAGAAAUCGUAAUAGACGUUAUUGCACAAGUUAAUGUCAAAGUAUGCUUGCCGAAAAAGAGUUUAUAGAACACAUGGAAAAAAAAUACGGGAAAAUCCAACAGCACCAUCAGAAACCGGCAGCGUCUUUAACGUCGAAAGUAUCGCGUUUUGGCUUGGGUGUCUCAGAAAAAUGCAAUUCCGAAUUAAUCUUGGGACCUUAUCGAGGUGAUUCGAACUACGUCCCCAGAAUUGCGCAUCACCUCGUCGAUCCUUACACAUUAAUCGAGAGCGGUGUGACGGUCUGGGAAGAUCAUUGCAGAUCUUUGAAGAGUCAAAGGCAUCCACGAAAAUACGCUUUCUCUUCAGCGGCGCAGUUCUUCCACGCUCUCGGGCCAUGGUCGGUCCAGCCUGGAGAACGCGAAUCCGUGCAGACUUUCAGAUCACCGAGCGCGGUGAACAUCCGUAGGCAACCCUCGGAUCCAGAGCUGAGGCUUCCGGUUUCGCGCCGUCAACUGACGGCAAGCAUCUCCUGCGCCGCUUUGACUUCCGGCGGAGCCAGCAACAUUGGUACAAUUACUAGAGGACGAGUGAUACUGUUCUGGACACCAGAAUACUGGUACAGACCUCAGGCAGCAGCGGCUGCUUACAGAGAACUGAGACAUCACUUGGCGGCUCUUAAGAACUUUCGAUGUGAAAAGGAGAGGCAUACGAAAAAGAAGUUCUUCUGCAAACGAAUGAAUCAUAUCUCGGGCGAGAAUGGCAAAUCUGAAAUCACAAUCACGGGAAGAUCCAGCAGUCUCUUGGAACGUAUGCUCUCCAUAAAUGGCGGCCGCAAACGGAACAAAAAGACGAUUAAAAAGAUGGAUAUCGACAGAAGUACGGCGCAAUUGCGGAGAUUGUUACGAAUGAACCUUCGCAUCACCAUAUGGGACCUGGAUAGCACCACACUGGCCACGCAACUGACGAUGAUCGAUCGCGAUCUCUUCGUUCGCAUACCGGCGACCGAAAUCGAAGUGCUGGUGUAUCAGAGAUCAUCGCGCAACUCACCGAAUCUGGGCGCGUGGAUCGCCUUCAGUCACCGGAUCGCUUGUUUGACUGUCAGCGAGAUCCUCGCAAUCAAGCAGAUUGACAUGAGGACUAGAAUCAUGGCAAGAUUCAUCAAUGCGGCUGACAAAUGUUUCACGCUCGGCAAUUUUCAGUCUUGCAGAUCCAUCCUAGCAGGACUGCAGGCACUGCCAAUCUACAGGCUUCGGAGAAGCUGGUCUUACUUAAGGACUCAUCAUGCUGUCAGAUACGAGUCGAUGGAAAAAUUAUCCAAGAUAUACAAAAGCCCACGCUGCUCUAAGUAUGAAAGAGCUUGGACCACAGCAAAACAUAAUCCACCUUGCAUGCCAUAUGUUGGUCAUUUUCUGAUCAAAGUCCUCGGAUUAAAUAGCUUGAGGAAUAUUCAAGAGAGCUUUGCAAUGUCUUCUAUAAAAAAACAACCAGUGCAAAUUGCUACGACUUCAAAAUCCUUAUCUAUUAACAACAAUUAUAAUAACCUUUACUUCAGAAAUAGAGAAAAUUUAAUAAAACCCAAACAAUGUUUAGCUAGACGUAUUUUCACAGCAGCACUAGACAGAGUAAAGUUCUCCACGCAUCAAAAGAUUAUUAAUAAAAUUGAGAAAGAUGUUUGGACAUGCAGACAACGAUACUUGGUACGCAAAUAUUUCCAUCGUUGGCACAUGAUCAUACUGGAAUCAAAGAUACACGCACAGAUCGAAGAAAAAUCGAAAAAUAUAGACUCAAAGAGGAAACACAUUAUCGAUGUUGCGACGUGGUUAACAGACUGUCAAAGAUACGCGCAGGGCUAUAAUUUUCCGUUAAAUUCGUUCGCGUACGAAUUUCUUCUGAAAGCGCGAUAUAGAGAAGAUCGCGAGAAUUUUUUUAUUAGUCUCAAGCUAGAGCCAUCAAAAACAACUUGA